AUGGCGUGGGUGGGGGACAUGAAGACGAAGCUCGAGGACGCUGAGCUGCCGGACAAGGUGCAGAGAUGGCCGAAGCACUGCAUUUUCAGCGUCCCACCGCGCUUUAAGAUGGUCGACAGCAGCGUCUACAAGCCGCAGACUGUGUCUCUCGGCCCAUUCCAUCAUGGCUCUCAGGACCUGAAAUCCAUGGAGGAGCACAAGUUGAGGGCUGUCCGUCACCUCCUGGCCCGGGACAGCUACAUAACCUCCCUUGAAGACCUUGUCAGGGCCGUGGAAGAGGUGGCCGACGAGCUGGAGGACUCCUACAUGGACCUAAGUGGAGAGUGGCGUGGCAAGGAGAACAGGGGCAAGUUCCUCGAGAUGAUGAUCACGGACGGCUGCUUCCUGCUGGAGGUGAUGAGGACGGACGCGACCCAAAAGGAGGACUCCCUUGUAAAGGGCUAUGCGCACGACCCCGUCUUCAGCUGGUAUGGCAUACAACACAUCAAGCCGUUCGUCCAACGUGACAUGCUCUUGAUAGAGAACCAGCUGCCACUCAGGUUGCUCCAGAGAAUCGUUGCCAUGGAGGAACGCAACUCUCCGAGGCAGAACACAGAUUCCAUAAAUUCCAUGGUGCUCAAGUUCCUGGGGCAGAAAGAUGCACAGCCCAGAUAUGAGUUGGGACUCCACCCGCUCGACAUCUACCGGACGAGCCAGUUCAGGGGCAUCCAAGAGCAUAUUAACACUGCCAGUUGUCUGAUGAUCCAUCAUCAACAUAUGAUGCGGGAGGAGACCCAUCGUCCACAGAGACCCCUGGCCCGAUCUGCGCGGGAGCUGACCGAGGCAGGGAUCCGGUUACUGCCCAUAGAGACAAGCCGCCUCAACGACUUCUGGUUCGACAGGAGUGAUGGGACGCUCCAAAUGCCCAAGAUCCAGGUGCAUGACUCCACCGCCUACAUGUUCCGCAACAUGAUGGCGUUCGAGGUGCUGCGCGUUGGCACCACCAACGAUGUGACGGCGUACGUCAUGUUCCUCAAGGACCUCGUCGACACCGCCUACGAUGUUCACCUACUGGUGAGGAACGGGGUCCUGGAGCACGACCUUGCCAACGACAACGCCGUGGUGAGGCUCUUCAACGGCCUCACCAGGGACGUGACAAGGAACUGGGAGAAUCAGCUGGCGUACAUGAAGGUGCGCGAAGACGUGGAGAGCUACUGCACGACACACCGCCGCAGCAACUGCGUGCGCCUCUUCCUCAAUGAAUCCUGGGCCUACCUCAUGACCAAGUACUUGAGGAACCCCUGGACAGUCCUUGGCCUCGUCACCGCCACCUUGCUCCUCGUCGCAGAUAUCGUGCAGGCCGUGUAUGCAGUCAAAUCGUACAAAGAGGGCAAAUGA